UUUUUCUCAUACCAAAAAACAAAAAAAACAAAAGUAACAAUUAGAGAAAAUAAAACAAUUUUCAUCUUCCUCUCCAUCUCUCUAUCUCUCUUCUUCCUUAAAGCAAUGGAUCGACAAGAUUCCGAUGACAUCAUGAAGUUUCUCGACGGCAUGGCUAGCUCCGACGAUGUUUUAUUUGGUUUUCUCGACGGAGGAAACCAUUCACCGGAGAUUUACCCUGACUCCGGUAAUUUCACCGCCGGUGAAGAAUCCGAUGCUGACAACGAUGUAGCCGGUAGCAAUUCCGAAGAGAACAAAACCUUUUGGUUUGAACAAGAACAACUUCUCCAGGCGACACUGUAUAGGACAAGUUCAAUUGAGACAAAGAUUCGACAAGCAACGAAACAAGCCUUGAAAGAAGUGAGAUCAAAGGGUACGCAAUGUGUCUGCCGGAAACCCGUGACCGGCGGUUGCCGUAGCUGUCUACGCGGCGAAGUGUCUCGCCUUCUCCGAGAGGCCGGAUACGAUUGCGUCAGCUGUAAAUCCAAGUGGAGAAGUAAUCAUGAGAUCCUUGCAGGUGAGCAUGAAUAUUUGGAAAUCGUGGACCAAUCGGGAUCAAAGAAAGUCGAGAUGCGUGUGGUGAUCGAGCUAUCUUUCAGGGCUGAGUUCGAGAUGGCGAGAGGUAGUGAUGAGUACAAGCGACUCGUCGGAAUAUUGCCGGAAGUGUACGUCGGGAAAACAGAGAGGCUAAGAACACUGAUAAAAAUAUUGUGCACGGCGGCGAAAAAGUGCAUGAAAGACAAGAAAAUGCACAUGGGUCCUUGGAGAAAACACAAGUACAUGCAAGCCAAAUGGCUCGGCACCUGCGAGAGAAAAUCAAUGAAGCUGGUUGCUGAGACUGAGACGGAGACUGGGGAGAGUGAUAUGAUUGCCAAAGCUAAACAGAGAGUUUCUAUGUUGAAUUAUGGUAUUUUUGAAAAUGUAUCCGCCGGAAUGGGCCGUCCGGCCGCCGUAGCGGUCGUAUGAUUAUAUAUACAGACGUACGAUAUGAUAAAUAAGUUAGGGUGUGAUUAAGUGAAAUGAGUUUUGCAUUGAGAGUUUGCGUGGAAUCGUCUCACCGAUGGUAUUGUGUGCUCAAAUAGGGCUACUUCUUGAACCCAUUGUAUUAUACGCAGUGUUAUUUUAAUUAAAUAAAAUUAUAUUCCACUGUUUACAUAAAAA